AUUGGCUUAUACGGCCGGGAACGAUAGCAAUAUCUACUUGUGCAACACCCCACCUGAGAUCCUUGCUAGCAUUCAGCCUGCACACCGAAUGCCUACAACAAGUGCUCCCAUAAAUACACCGGUAUAUACUGUCCCUAGUUUGGAUUCCCGUCCCCAACGAACGGUACGUCGUAGAGCUUCGGGCACGGAAAGCGUGACCUCUACAAGGACGUCAGAAGUAGAGCUGUCGAGUCCACCAGAACACCCCCUCACUCAUCUACCCAACUCUGACGCAGCUCGCCGUCGUAACACAACGAUCGACUGGGUAAGGACACAGACACGAGGGGAACCCCCCGGUUGGACGGCAAGGCAACCCUCGAGAGGCGGCAGAUGGACCGAAUCCUCGACUAUCACACACGCCGGAACCUCUCGCAUACAGCCUGCCGACAUGCGGCCGCCUUCUGACACGCAGAGGCAACACUACGACCCAGGACUUCAGUCGUUGCCUCAGGACUCCCUGUACGCCCACGGAGGACCAGCGCCAGAUCUCCCCGGUCCACCAACACUGCCUGUCGUGGCUCUUCCCCCUCCAUCUCGGAUACCUUCUCCUGUAUUAGGCUCACGGCUACCCGAGUCUCCCCCACACCCCUACGAAGUCCUUACCCCGUCUUUCGACACGGACAUAGUUCUCCCCAUUCGCAACCAUGAAUCUGGUGAUUUCCCCCCUGAAGCGAGGCUCCAAAACCUUACGGAAUACAUCACCAAGGAUGGAGACUAUCCUGUUGCUCGUGGCGGGUUCGGUGAGAUCUGGAAAUGUACCUAUCACAAUGAUCAGACAUCGAUCAAAGUCGCAGUGAAAGCGUUGCAGGUGUACGCUGCUGAUCACCUUGGCGCAGCAAAGACAAAAAAAAUCAAGAGGAUAAAGCGUGAACUCAGAAUAUGCGCCAACCUCAAGCACAGAAAUAUUCUUCCCGUUUAUGGUUAUACUUAUGGCUUCGGUCCAUUCAUAGCGAUAGUCAUUCCUUGGGCGGAGAAUGGAAAUUUGACGGCCUAUUUGGAGCGUGAGGGUGCGGCUCUUGCUCUCGUUAGACGAUUCCAGAUCCUCAGGGAUAUCAUAGCUGGUCUGCGAUAUCUUCACGCCAACAGCGUUAUCCACGGUGACUUCAAUGGUCCUAAUGUACUUAUCCAUGGCGAUGGUAGUGCGUGUGUCGCCGACUUCGGUCUGUCCUUGAUGUAUUCGGAGGUUAUAAGCGCCUCUCAGGCUUCCUGGACGUCCACGCUCAAAGGAAACAUGCGAUGGAUGGCUCCUGAGCUGCUUGUAGAUCGGGAGGAUGGAUCGCAAGUGCGGCCAAGCGAGCACAGCGAUAUGUAUUCAUUCGGCGGUGUCAUACUGCAGGUCCUGACCAACAAGAUUCCCUAUUAUCACCUCUCGAAUGAUGCGGCCAUCGUCUUAUGCAUAGCCAAGUCGGAAACACCUUCCCGAUCUCGCUAUCCUGUGCUCCCCGACAAAUACUGGGAGUUUAUCGAGCAAUGUUGGUCUACUGAUCCUCGGGACCGUCCCUCGACACAGGGAGCCAACAGAAUGAUCAGGAAUGAAUAUCAUGCGCUGUCCAGAUCUCCUUGAUUCUUGAAACGUCUCACAUACAACAAAUCUACAGGACAACCAAAUAGACACCAUGAGGCUAUUCACGGAAAGUACAUUAAUGUAGGCUCACUUCCAGACUUCGAACUGCAUUAUAACAAUACUACUAGUACUGUGCACACUGGUACUGGCCUCCCCACGCCAUAUUUCAUGCAA